AUGCAUUUUUCUAUUCCUGACGUGCAGCAAUUUCGUGAUGAUAAUGGGAUUACUUAUACGGCGUUUAACAUCUAUAUUGAUGGAUUUUUUCAUUGUGCUGCUCGCUACAAGCAGUUGCUCAGUCUUCAUGAACAGCUUCAAUCGCAGAAUCCCUACUUGAAACUUCCCCAGUUUCCACCCAAAAAACUUUUUCUUACAAGUUCACAAAUAGAAGAAAGAAGAAUCUUAUUAGAAAAAUACAUUCAAUUAGUGGGACAAAAUCCUGUUCUGGCUUACUCUGACAUUCUCAUUACAUUCCUUUUCUCUGCACAACAAGAAACUCAUUGUGUCAGAGUACAUGAGGUGGACAUUGAAAUUUCUCUGAUGAAUGGCUACAGAAUACCAUUAUCAGUAUCAUCAACAGACUCUUCUGGCACUGUGUUAGAUAUAGCCUGUAAUUAUAUAAAUUUGCCAAAAGAAUAUGUAAAGUUUUUCUCCUUAUAUCUUUUUAAUUGGAGCUGUGCAAAGGAUGGCCAACCAUGUUUAAAAAAAUUAGAAGAAUAUGAAUCUCCAUACAUAUCUCAGAAGUAUGUUAGACCUGAUGAUAAAAUAGUGAUUCGUAAAAGUUACUGGGAUCCUCGUUAUGACAUUGAUGUAAUGUGUGAUAGAGUUGCAUUAGAUCUAUUAUAUUUACAAACAAUAGAAGAUAUUGAUUUAGGAUGGAUCCAUAUAAACUCACAAAUCAAGGACCUAUUAAAUACACAUGAAUCAAGAAAAGAGAAGAAAGAGUACAUAGAACUGGCCCGCAGUUCGAGGCACUACGGUCGGGUGCCGGCGGGCGAGGCAGUAACGGAUACGCGUCACGUGACCGACGGAGCGACAAGUGGGCCGUGUCGCGUUCGUGUAUCGCUCGCUUCCAAGGAGCUCACGCUAACCAGCGUUGGCCAGCCCUCGCGGGAGCAACGCUACAAAGUUACGAGGAUGAGGUGCUGGAGGAUAACCACGCUGCACACUACGGACAGACACCAAACAAACGGCCACGGAUCUUUAUUAGAAGAGUCCAACAAACACUUCGAGCUCUCUUUCGAAUAUCUCAUUAGUAAAGACAACCUGGAGUGGAUAACGCUGCAGACGGAACACGCGAUAUUUAUUAGUGUUUGUUUGCAGUCAAUAGUGGACGAGCUGAUGAGGCAAAAGAGCGGCAAUGGGCCAGCGUCGCCCCGUUGUAAACGCGGAGGUCUCACGUACCUGCGCCGCGACGGUUCCAGCCAACUUAUCACAUCUUCAUCCUCCAGCGAUACUUUAAGUUCAGUUAACGGCGACUCCAUUACAUCGGGCAGCUCGCGAGAGAUAUUUUCCGUUCAAAAACUGACUCAGAAGUUCGCUUCGGUUGCAUUUAAGAGCGGAAAGGAUUGCGUGGAGAAUAACGCGUUUGAAGCGAUAGGAGAUGAAGAACUAUGA